UUAAGUUUAAAUGAGGGAACACGUUUUUUUUUUUAAGUUUGAGUUUUCCCAGCAUUCAUUGCUUCUGCAAAAUCCGCUCUUUUGCGGUUGUUUCAAAUAUGGAGGAAAGAGAAAGAAAAUCCGUUGAACCAGACCAUAAUGUGACUGAAGCAACGUCUGCUGAGGGCGCAACGGGACGAGACAACGAGAGCAGCGACCCCGCGGACAAAAUAAACGUCUGCUCAGACAACUUUGAUCCGCUUCUGGCCCUGUACUCUUCGACUGCGCCGCCGCUUCCUUUCCCAAACAUCAAGUGCUUCAACAAUGUGGCCGAGUACGAGAGCUUUCUGAAAGGCGGUCGGGGUCGAGCAAAACCGGAGAAUGUCGAGAAAAGGCGACGAAAAGCGCUGAAAGGAGUCGCGGAUCCGGAGCGCAUUGACAGACUGAGGAAGCUGAUGGUUUCCUCCUCGCAGGAAGGAGAGGGUAGCACCGCGAAACCGAGGAGGAAGCAGAAGAUUCUGAAAAAUGUCCUGACCAGGAUGCCCCUGUGCAAGGGGAGUCCUUUGGGUGAACUGCAUCGCUGCAUCCAGGAGCGGAUAAGAAUCAAAGUUCACAUCAGGACCUUCAAAGGAAUGAGGGGCGUGUGCUCUGGCUUUCUUGUGGCCUUUGACAAGUUCUGGAACAUGGCUAUGGUGGAUGUGGAUGAGACGUACAGGGAGCCGCUGUUCGGGGAGGCGUUGUACCACGAGAAGGCGCUCACCAUUUCACGGCUCUUUGAGAAGCUGAAUCUUCAGGAAAGCCCAGGCGGGACUGACGUCCAGGAAAAAGCCGACCAGCAUCCACCUGCAAAUCCCAGAGCUGCCCCGGAAAGCUGCUUUGCUCAGAUGGAGGGUGACGGCGCGACAUCCCAGUCCGACCUGCCAGAAGCUAUUAAAAGCAAACAGGGUAAACUCCAAGUCUCACUGAAGGCGAAGGACCCGCACAUGCAUCCGAAGGGGGAAUCCCAAAAGUACGGGAAAGUCUACACACGCCACAUCAACCAGCUUUUUAUUCGUGGUGAGAAUGUUAUCCUGGUUAACCCACAGCCUCUCUGAUUUAUUCAUCACCUCUCAGAAAUUCACCCUGGAGUGAAAAAACCCCAAAAAGGUUUUAGGAUGAAACACUGCCUGAAACAUAAUUUUUGAAAGAAUUUGAUUCAAAUGAAUCAUAUACUGACUGUUAUAUCAUGUUGAUAUGAAGUUUUUUCCCCAGACCACCAGAGGAAUAACCCUGGUACAGAGUAAUAAACGCUUCUCAGCUCGAA